AUGCCUUCACCCAUCUCCAUCUCCCCCUUCGCCCAAACCCAACAAUCCCUCCUCACCACCGAACAAGCCGCCGAAAUCACCUCCUCUGCGCUCUUCUCCGCCAGCGCCACCCUCACCGCCUCGCCGUCGACCCGCAAAACCCUCCAGGCCUCGGGCCAUGCCUUGACGGGAAUAAUCCUCAACCAGUGUCGGACUGGACUUGGGGGACGGACGGUGGGGGAGUUUGCGCCGGAUCCAGCGGUGCAGAGUACGUCCUCUGAUGGUGCGGGGGAUGGGAAGUUGAGGAUUAAACUUGCCAAUGAUGUGACGUUUCGUCGGAUGAAUCAGACGAUGGAGAGAAUGGCGAAGAUGUCUGAAACGGAGCAUACUCAUUUCAUGCGUGUCGCGUUUGGCCAUACUACGCCUAUGAUGCCCGACUACGAUGCAGUUGGCCCUGUGGAGUUUACUGAUCCCACGUUGAAUGACUCUCAAGAAGAGGCUAUUCGUUUUGCGCUGGCGUCGCGGGAUAUCGCGCUCAUUCAUGGCCCACCUGGAACAGGAAAGACGCAUACGCUGAUUGAGUUGAUCUUGCAGAUGGUGCAGAGGAAGCUGCACGUGUUGGUCUGCGGCCCGUCGAAUAUCUCCGUUGAUAACAUUGUGGAGAGACUGGCGCCGAAGAAGGUGCCGGUGGUACGCAUCGGACAUCCCGCGCGGUUGCUCCCAUCUGUCCUGGAUCAUUCCCUGGAAGUACUCACCCACACGUCGGAGGCCGCUGCCAUCGUCCGGGAUGUCCGGAAGGAGAUUGACGAGAAGCAGGCCAGUAUCCGGAAGACGAGGUUUGCGAGGGAGCGGCGAGCUAUCUACGAUGAUCUGAGGGAGCUGCGGCGCGAGUUCCGCGAGCGGGAAUCAAAGUGUGUGGAUAACUUGGUUCGUGAGAGCAGCGUGGUACUUGCGACGCUGCAUGGCGCGGGUGGACACCAGCUAAAAGGCCAGAAGUUUGAUGUAGUGAUCAUUGAUGAGGCGAGUCAGGCCCUGGAGGCCCAGUGCUGGAUCCCGUUGUUGUUGGCAUCAAAGGUAGUCCUGGCUGGUGAUCACCUGCAGCUGCCUCCUACCGUCAAGUCUACCAAAGAGAAUUCACAAAACUCGAAAACCAAGGAGAAGGAGAAAAAAGAGAAAGAGAACGGAGCAGAGUUGCUGCAGAAUGUCUCGCUCGAGACAACCCUGUUCGAUCGACUGCUGUCAAUGCAUGGACCCGGAAUUAAACGGAUGCUCACGACGCAGUAUCGGAUGCACGAGCAGAUUAUGCAGUUUCCGUCGGACGAGUUAUAUGACUCGAAAUUGAUGGCUGCAGAGGCUGUCAAAGCGCGACUCCUGAAAGACCUCCCGUACGACGUCGAGGAGACCGAUGACACCAAGGAACCAGUGGUAUUCUGGGAUACUCAAGGGGGUGAUUUUCCCGAGAAGACAGAGGAUGUGGACGUGGGUAAGAAAGCCGGUCUCGGGGAGAGCAAGAGCAACGAGAUGGAGGCCCUUGUCGUCAGCCGGCAUGUCGAUGCCUUGGUAGAUGCGGGUGUACACCCCGAAGACAUUGCGGUUAUCACUCCGUAUAAUGGUCAGCUGGCCGUCUUGUCGCAGAUGCUGCGGGAAAAGUAUCCAGGCCUGGAGCUGGGCAGCGUAGACGGAUUCCAAGGUCGUGAGAAGGAGGCCGUGGUGGUCAGCCUGGUACGCAGCAACAGCGAGAACGAAGUUGGAUUCUUGGGGGAACGGCGUCGGUUGAACGUGGCUAUGACGCGGCCGAAACGGCAUCUGUGCAUCUGCGGUGACUCGGAGACGAUUAGCAAGGGCAGUGGGUUCCUGAAGCGCUGGAUGGCAUUUUUGGAGGAGCACGCCGAUUUGCGAUAUCCAGAUGCGGGCGAGCUGUUGUGA